GCGCUGCGCCCGCGCUGGGAGACUUCCCCCGCUUUCUACUUCGUGGGCACCGUGGUAUCCACCAUAGGUUUCGGCAUGACCACCCCCGCCACGGUGGGUGGGAAGGCCUUCCUCAUCGCCUAUGGGCUGUUUGGCUGCGCUGGGACCAUCCUGUUUUUCAACCUCUUCCUGGAGCGCAUCAUCUCGCUGCUGGCCUUCAUCAUGCGCGCCUGCCGGGAGCACCAGCUGCGCCGCAGCGGCCUGCUGCCCGCCACCUUCGGCCGCGGCUCUGCGCUCUCGGAGGCCGACUGCUUGGCGGGCUGGAAGCCCUCGGUGUACCACGUGCUGCUGAUUCUGGGCCUGUUCGCCGUGCUGCUGUCCUGCUGCGCCUCGGCCAUGUACACCAGCGUGGAGGGCUGGGACUACGUGGACUCGCUCUACUUCUGCUUCGUCACCUUCAGCACCAUCGGCUUCGGGGACCUGGUGAGCAGCCAGCACGCCGCCUACCGGAACCAGGGGCUGUACCGCCUGGGGAACUUCCUCUUCAUCCUGCUCGGCGUGUGCUGCAUCUACUCGCUCUUCAAUGUCAUCUCCAUCCUCAUCAAGCAGGUGCUCAACUGGAUGCUGCGCAAGCUGAGCUGCCGCUGCUGCGCG